AUAAUUUUAUGUGACGUCAGACAGGUCCACCCCAAUCGAAGAGGGGAGAAAGUGACGUUUGUGUGUGUGUGUAUUCGCCUGAAAUUUUGAAAGAGUGGUUUUUAUCUUCGGGCCAGAUUAAAAAAUUGAAAGACUGAAAGGUAAAUAAUCAAAGUUAGGAAAGGAACAAAUCUUGUAACCAGAACUGUGGGAUGCCAUGAUACAUACAGAGACUAUAAUUGCCGAAGCUUCAAGAGCACUGGGCAUAAGAUGCACCACCCAGCAUAAGAAAGAUAGGCUAAAUGUGGCUCCUGAUGUGACUCAACUCCCACAAAUAGCAACAGAUACUUCAUCAAUAUUAUCUUCAUCACCACCAGUGAUUGUGUAUUGGAUUUCGCUUUAAGAUAUUACAUGUACAAGAAGAUGUCCAGCAACUGCCAGAGUGGAUCAGCGAUGUCGUCAUCAGGAAACUGUCAGCUUCCACAAGAUUCCGAUGAAGAUGAUGUGGAUCAUGGUGAACUUUGGAAUCACAGACCUCUUCAGCACCAAGUUGGGUACUUGAGUUUAGGAGGGGGCUUUUCUGGCAGUCUGUCUCCUCAGCCAUCGUCAAGUGCGGAAUGUGAACGCCGUGUCAGCCCUCUGGACCCUAACCUUUCUUCUGCCGCUCGAUACUCUCCUCCCCCACCUUAUAAUAACCCAAUAGAUGAAAUUGGAGCCUCUAUUGAUCAUCAGAGUUCACCUUUGGACCAUAUAUCUCAUGCCAGUUCUUUGGCUACUCUUCCAGUUGGAGUUACCAGCAGUAUCUCAAGUGCUAGUGGAUCUUUAGUAAUAACCGAGGCUCACAGACAUUCAGGCUCAGCUGGAUGCUCAUCAGUUAGCACUAGUAGAGCCAAUAACAUGGCAGGACCAAACAGUUUAUUUUCUUCGCCUGCUUCAAUAGUUAGUGUACAACCUAAAUGGGAGCCUCCUCGUGUAACAGUUAGAGAAAGUGAACAUACUCAAGUUCAUGUUCCAGCUGAGAGCAUAUGGGCAAAGCAGAAACGUUUAGCAUUAAGUGGAAAUUCACUUAUAUCCAUCACACAGCCCAGUACACAAAACCAUGACAGACUAUCAUUUCAUGAAUCCAGGAGUCCUCAUUUAUUAUCUCAGCCAAGUCAGAGUGUGCUCAGUGAUGAAGUUCCUGGCCCAAGUGGUUUGCGGGUAUUGUCUCACCAUAAUUCAGCUAAUCUCCAGAGAUCACCACAACAAAAUCAUGAAGAGGGGCCCAAACUCAUAACACAACCAAGUUCAUGCAAUGUACAGAUAUCGCCAAAAGCAGGACCUAGUGGGUUACAAUGUUUAAAUACUCAUUUUGAGCCAAGGAAUGUGAAAAAUGAUCUCCAAGUAGGAGGGAGUGUUGUUCAUUCUCAUUCUCAAGGUAGUAGUCUUCCGAGUUUAACUCUUCCUUUGCAGCUUCUUUCAAAACUGAAAGAUAUGCCCCACUCACCCAUAUCCAAAGAAAAUGAUAAUAGUUCCGAAGAUGAUUCUUCUGAUAUACGGUUACACUUAAGUCCAACUCCAGGGCCGUCUGGUGUUGUAAAUCCUCUCGUUAAUUUACAUGAUAGUGAUGCAGAGGCAUUAGAUGGAAUGGUUUCAGGAUGUGAAGCCAGCAGCAGUAAUGUUCGUGGCCACAUGUCUCCAUUACGAUCACCAAGUACUCCUACUGACAAUUGCAUUGUUUCAUCUUCCACUGGCCAUAUUGACUCAAUACCACCAACACCAGUUGAAUUUCAAGGAAAUGAUGUUUCUGGGCCUAGCAGUCCUGUUUCUCCGAGUUUGGAUUGUGCUGUCAUUCUCGACUCUACUGUUGAUUCUACAAGUGGGAGAGGGAUUUUGGAUUCUCAGAUACCUGCUUCAGAUGAUGAAUCAGAUGAAGAUCUGACAGCCAGUGCUCAGUUACCAUUGCCUGUUAUGACAGAUGAGCAAGGUGAGAUAUCCACUUCAGAGGUAGGAUUACAGAAUAGUGAUGAUAGCGAAGAUGUUGAAUUGCUCGUUAGCCCACAAGGAAUGUUUUCUAGUGGAAGAGCCAGUACUAAACAUUUUAUGGAACAGAUAUCUCUUUCAUUAAGUCAGUUCCAAACUAGUUCUCUUGAUGCUAAUCUGUCAUCUGUGGGUGGUGAGAAAUGUGAGCAAAGUGUUCACAGUCCUCCUAACGGAGAAUAUCUCUCUGAUCCUUUAGCCAUUCCAGGACCAAGUGGAGUGUCUUUACCUGGCCCAUCAAGAAUCUCCAACAGUAGACAAGCUGUACCAUCUUCCAGAAGUCUUGGUUUAGGUCAACCUUCAGGUUCUAGCAGACAACAUUUAAAUGCAUCAGUUGAGGUAUUAGGCAACAAUUUACCCUUGUUAGACAUCGGUGUAGGCCUGGCAGGAUGCUCUACUUCAGAGGGAACUGAUCAGCUAGUGGAUGAAGAUGAACCAGAAGCCUGCGAACCACUAGUAACAGGAAGCAGCAGUGUAUGUAGUGACAAUCUUGCUGUAAGAAGUGAGAAUCAGACUAUAGAUCCACUAAGUCAUCAUUCAUCGUAUGUGUUAGAAUUGAAUGAUGAAAGUUCAUUGAGUAGUGAUGCUCUUAGUGCUACGUCAUUAGUCAAAGAUGAAAAUUCAGAAAGAAACAUGAAUCAUGGAGGUUUCUCGAGUGUAGAGGAUCAUGGACACCACUUACUAAAUGGUGAACAGUUGGUUAGUGGGUCACUGGGCUCUUCAUUGAAUUUGAAUUUGGCAUCAUCUGACGUUGAAGUAUCUGUGGCACUUCAAGGACCUUCACAACAGCAUGCAAUAACACAGCAUCUUCAGCCAGAUCAAGUUUCUCUUUUGGUUGGUGGUGGAGAUGAGACUAGUGAUGGAGCCCUGUUAAUGAUGGUUUCAACAAAUGGUGACUCUCUCCCUGGUACAUUGACACUUGGCAAACCCUCAGAUGGAGAUGAAGCUGACCACCACAUUUCACAACUUACCGAUUCAGAUCAGAUCUUGCAGACUGAUGGCAUGGAUCAGAACUUGCAAAGUCUUCCUUUUGAGAAGAGUCAUUCAGAGGGACAGCUAAAAGAGAAGGGUGAAACUGAUAAAAGUGUAGAGGCAUAUGUAGAGGCAAAUUUUUGGUGUGGUGAAUGUGAGCAGAUGGAUAGUAUGGAAUGUCCUCAUCAUCACAUUCAGGGAAUGUCAGAUAGAACAAUCAAAACAAGAGGAUGGAACUCACUAUCUUCUCAUCAGUUAGUAACUGAUAAAUCUUGUGAUAUAGAAGAUUGUAUAAGCUGUGAUCCGAAGUCCUCCCAAGACUGUAUGCACUAUCGCAUACAGACCAUAUGUGAUAAACCUGUGAAGACUCGAGCGUGGGCUUCACUUCCAGCGCAGCAUCUUGUCAUCCGCAAAGUUCCGUUUACAGAGGAGCAUGGUGUGUUUGUUCGUAAAGCAAUUCCAAAAAGAACAAGAUUUGGACCUCUUGAAGGGAUGUUGGUGGAGAGUUCAAAUGAGGAAGAUUUCCAUCUUGGCGCUUUUACACUUCAGAAAGAUGAAAGUUUACUUCUUGUGGAUACUUCUGAUGAAGAUUGCUCAAAUUGGAUGAGAUUUGUACGUAGAGCUACAACUUACCUAGAGCAAAAUUGUGCAGUUGUGCAGAUAGAGGAGGCUCUUUAUUUUCUCACAACCACCGACAUCCCACCUCGUGCUGAAUUGAAAGUUGGGUACUCCAAGCAGUAUGCAGAAAAGAGAAAUCUUACCACUUUAGAGCCGACCCAAGAAGAAAUCGAUGUUUUAGAUGAAAUGCGGAAGUCAUGGCCGUGUUUUGAAUGUGAUGAAGGUUUUGAGACAUCAGCAGAGUUACAACAACACUUAGUUUGCCAUGAUGACACAAUCAAUGAAGAAGACAAGAAGAAAAGAAAGAAAGUCAAAGGUCGUCGACCUCGUGGAAAUGCUGACCAUGAUGGAAAGCUCUCGAAAAAAAUUAAGGUAGAGACUGAAGAAAUUCCUCUUGCUGGAACUUCAGAAGAUCCAAAAGAAAGUGACAGAGCAGUGAACACGGAUAGGUUUCAGCGAAGUCAGUGUUUGAAGUGCAAUAUGAUAUUUUCCAUGCCAGAGUUACUAAAUAUUCAUCAGUUAAAGCACAAUAGUGAUUCGCACCCUGAAAGUACUGCGCAAAAUAGCAUGCCCUCUUCGCAGAGUGAUCCAGAAGAUGAUGAUGAUGAUGAUGAUAAAGGGGAAAAGGCUGAGGAUGCAAGUCCCAGAAACACACAAGAAAGAUUGUCAGAUAAGGAAGAAAUUGCCAGUGGAUUGCUACCUUUCAAUAAAACCUGCCCCUUUUGUAAGAAAGUAUGUGAUACAGACGAAUCCUUAUUGUCACACGUUGAUGAGCAUGGUGCCUUCCAUCCAGGAUCAUUGAAACCUUACAAGUGCGAUUAUUGUUACAAGUCAUUUACCCGUCGUUUUCGUUUAGAAGCACAUAAAAGUGUCCAUGGUAAUGAAGCAGAGAAGCCUUUUCGAUGCAAUCUUUGUUUGAGACGAUUUUGUAGUAAUUCUGCUCUCACUGCACAUAUCCGUUUUCAUAUUGAGGGCUGUAAAGGUUAUGAUUGUCCCAUUUGUCGGGAGGGGUUCUUCUCUGUGGCGGGGUUGAAAGCUCAUGUGUCAUCCCACUGUAUUAAUGGGGAAUAUAACUGCCCCAAAUGUAAUAAGGUAUUUCCAACAUACAGUAAGAUUCGGCGGCAUAUACGAUCGUACCAUGCUGUAAUGCCUCAUAUAUGCUCAAUUUGUGGGAAGGAGAUGCCUUCUGUUGAUAAAUUAAAAAUUCACAUGCUUAGCCAUUCUGACCGAAGAGAUUUUUUAUGCCCAGACUGUGGAAAAAGUUUCAAAAGAAAGGACAAGAUGCGAGAACACUCAAAGCGAAUGCAUUCUGCUGAGCGUGGAGAUAGAAGUCCCAAAUCUGUUAAAGGGCCACCAAAGUUUGUGCCAAAGGUGGAUCCUACAGACUACAAACAGUUCCUUUACAAGUGCACUAUUUGCUUGCUUGGAUUUAAACGGAGAGGAAUGCUAGUUAAUCACUUGGCCAAACGACACCCAAAUGUAGACUUGAAAUGUGUUCCUGAGCUAAACCAACCAAUAUUGAAGGCUAAUCGAUGUUAUAAAUGCCAGCACUGUGACAAAAGGUACAGAAGCAGUAGUAAACGAAAGUUACACAUUUUGAAAUAUCAUCCAGGAGCUGAACUCCCACCAAGGGCAAAACCAACAUCUGAUAAUGAUACUGAAAGCUCUUCCUAUACUUCCUCCUCUCCUCAUCCAUGCAAAUGGUGCUAUCGUCAAUAUGCUUCAAGAGCUAGGCUUCUAAGACAUCAGCGUCAUCAUCAUCCAUCGCAUUUCAACAAUGAAGGUGAUAAUGAAACAUCUAACAUUAACAAUGUUGCCUUUCUGGAUACAUCAGCUGGUAUAUCUGGUGAACUUUCUCUCAAUGGGCAGAUAGUUGCAGAUGCUAGCAUUUUACGCAAUCAUCGUUUGGUGAAUAUAUCAAGAGAAACAUCAAGUUCUGCUGAGGCAGAAGGCACUGAAGAGGAUUUAUUGACUCAAGCUAUGGGUGAAAUUACACCUUUAGCUGCUCGUCAGGUUCUAGUUAGUAGUGAUGGAACUCAGCAGGGACCUACACUGGCCUUGGUUGGUGCUGAUGUCCCUGAUACCGUUACCCUUUCCUUACCCAAUGGACAGUUGAUCUCAUUAAUUCAUGGUAUUGCAGUACCAGGGGGACCAUCAACUGUUACAUCCACCUCUAGAACAGCUGGUAGUAGUGAUGGGAAUGUUAAUGUAGCUGAAGGGGUACUUCAGAGAGAAGAAGGGUCUUCUAUGCGAAUGGCAUACACCCUUGGAACAGCUCUUAAUGAAUCUAACAAUGAAGCAGAUGCUGUAGAGCAAGUGGUGUUAGCUGCUCAGCAGCCAUCAUCUCCUUCAAAUCAUGUUGUAUGGCAGCAUGCAUUAGCAUUCAACAGUACAUCAUCUUAAUGUGUUUUGUUAAAAAGUAGUUGCAGCCUUUCAUUUUGAAGGCUGUAGUUUCAUGGUUUGGGACCCCCAAGUUUUGCUGGAAUCUGAACAAUUUCUCUUUAUUUACUUUUAUAUUGAAAAUCUCCGUUGUUAUUAGGUUUGUUACCCAUAUUUAUUUAUUUUUUUACAAUUUAUUUCAUUAAAUACAGUAUAUCUUUUCGUUUUUAUUUAAGUAAAAUAUACUGCAUACUUGUCACUAUGAAGAGAUAGAGAUAUUUUCAAGUUCUACUUGGUCAUGUUAUUAUCUUUAUUUUUAUAGUAAAGAAUGUAUAUUGCUAAGCAUUUAGUCUUCAUUGGAUAUCUUUUAAAUAAGUAGUUUCAUAUGAAAUGAGUACAACUUUUGUUUGGUAAUAACCAUGCCUCACAAACAAUUAAUUGGCAGUGAUAAUGUACUGACAGUAAGCAUACCUUUUAAAUUUCAACUCUGCAGUGAUGUGGGAGUAAAAUAUUUUAAUGCAAAUUACAAAAGAAUUAGAAUUGUCGUUUUGCUGAGCUUACUAAAGUGAUACACCAAUCAUAAGCUUUGUUAAGUUUAUUUCAUUUAGAAAAAUAAGACAGUAUAUGUUUAUUUUUGCUCAUGAAAGUCAUUAUCUGUUUGAUAUUCUCAUAUAUUUAUUCAGAAUAAAUAUUUAUUCAAGCUCUAGUCUCGUCAGAAAAAGAGUUCAUUAUGAUGUUUUGUGGCCUUUCGUCAUUGUUUUUUAAUACUGGUAAUUGUGUCUGUAUAUUUCUAUUGUCAUUUUAUAGGAAAAUGGCUUCAAGCCAUUAACAUAUGAGUCUAGUCAUGUUUCCACUGUAUCCAGGAGAACCAAAGUGGAAUUAUUUACACUAAGACAAAUUUUGAAGUAGGACAUUAUUCCAUAUUACUAUGUGGUAGUUUAUAAAAUUUUAGCUGCAAAGUCUAGUAGAACUGUUUAUGGUUAUUGUAUUUUAUAAACAUUUUAGUAUGUUUUGAUAAUCACAGUCCUACCUCUGUACUGUAUUAAAUGAAAGCUCUUAAUUUUUUAUAUGUAUAAAAGAUGUGUUUGUAUUUAGCAAAUUUAAGUACCCUAUAAUAUUGUUGAUAUGUUAUUUUGUAUGAAAAAUAUACUUUUAAUGGAA